AUGGCCAACGAAUUCCGUCCUCGUCAAGUAGGCGCUGCCAACACUUUGGAUUGGCGUGUUUGGUUAGAAAACAAAGCAGGUCAACCUGUUUCAUCAUGGCACGAUAUUCCAUUGUUUGCCGAUGAAUCAAAGACAAUCUUGAACAUGGUUGUCGAAAUUCCUCGUUGGACAAAUGCAAAAUGUGAAAUUUCAAAAGAAGAUCCAUUGAACCCAAUCAAACAAGAUACAAAGAAGGGCAAAUUGCGUUUCGUUCGUAACUGUUUCCCUCACCAUGGUUACAUUUGGAACUAUGGUGCUUUCCCACAAACAUGGGAAGACCCUUCUGCCACUCAUCCUGACACAAAAGCAAAGGGUGACAAUGACCCUUUGGACGUUUGCGAAAUUGGUGAACAAGUUGGUUACACCGGUCAAAUCAAACAAGUCAAAGUUUUGGGUGUGAUGGCUUUGUUGGACGAAGGUGAAACUGACUGGAAAGUGAUCGUCGUUGACAUUAACGAUCCUUUGGCUCACAAAUUGAACGAUAUCGAAGAUGUCGAACGUCACUUGCCUGGCCUUGUUCGUGCAACCAAUGAAUGGUUCCGUAUCUACAAAAUCCCAGAUGGUAAGCCAGAGAACCAAUUCGCUUUUAGCGGUGAGGCAAAGAACAAGAAAUACGCCACAGAAGUCAUUCACGAAUGCAACGAAGCAUGGAAACGUCUCGUUAGCGGUCAAGCUGAUGCAGGAGAUGUUAAUAUCGCUAACACCACCGUUCAAGGAUCAAAAGCUUUCGGUGCCGUACAAGAAUCCAGCAUCCCAGCUGCUAAGGCUCAGCCUGCCGCUGCUAUUGACCCAAGCAUCAGCAAAUGGUUCUUCAUUUCAUCUAGCAGCAUCUAG